UCAGUAGAUAUCCUUACCUGUUUACUGUCAAGCUAGCCCUAUCAGGAAGACUGAGGAAUAUGUGGUCUAUAAAUUUUUUAGUAUGUUUGGUCUUUUCAGCCAGAAUAUCACUACUUCUAGCAGAAAACAGUACUUCUCGUGUUUGUUACGACCACAUUGGAUGUUUUAGUAAUAACCCUCCAUUCCUCAACGCUUUUGGCUACUUACCACUAUCGCCGGACCAUAUCAAUACUUCAUUUCAUCUAUAUACACAAGCGAACCCUAGCAAUGGUCAACUUUUGAACCCUAACGGCGGUGCUGGGUCAUUAAGGUCAACACACUUUGGACUUUCGCACAAGACUGUAUUUAUAAUUCAUGGUUAUCAUGGCACUGAAAAUAACCCUUGGAUUCCACUAAUGAAAGACCCACUCCUGAAAUAUGAUGUCAAUGUAAUUGUUGUGAUAUGGACGAGAGGAGCCUUUGACAACUACAACCAAGCUGUAGCCAAUACCCGGGUUGUCGGGGCUGUCACAGCUAACAUGGUCAAAUUGAUACACAGUGCUGGAGGAGUCAGUUAUAAUGACGUGCAUAUAGUUGGACAUAGUCUUGGUGCUCAUGUUGCUGGCUACGUAGGCGAAACAGUUCCUAUUGGCAGAAUUACAGGUUUGGAUCCGGCUGGUCCAGAAUUUAAUACUGCUGAUCAAAGAGUACGAUUGGACCCGGCAGAUGCAGCAUUUGUUGAUAUCAUCCAUACUGAUGGUGCGCUUGGAUUCCAACAUACAAUGGGACAUGUGGAUUUUUAUCCAAAUGGUGGCAGAUCUCAGCCUGGUUGCUUAUUUGAUAAAAUUGCACCAUUUUAUAGCUGUGGUCAUAUGAGGUCGGUUUACUACUUUAUAGAAUCGAUAGAUACAAAAUGCCAUUUUACAUCUCACCCAUGUGAUAGUCAAGAUGAUUACAAACAUUCGCUUUGUACCGGAUGUGGGAGUGGUUGUCUAGAGAUGGGGUACCACAUUUCAACCAGUGCUCGUGGAACAUUUUAUUUGAAAACUAGUCCUAAUUAUCCAUAUUGUGCUAGUUCACAUUAA